AUGAUAACAGCAGACAGUCUUGUACCUUCUUGUAGUCGAAGGGUGUCACAAGUGUAUCUUGCUGUUGAUGAUCGCCUUGCUUCUCUGAAAACAGAUACUUUCAGCAAAACGAGAGAAGAGAAGAUGGAAGACCUCUUUGCCCAAAAGGAGAUGGAAGAGGGGGAGUUUCGAAACUGGACUGAGAAAAUCCAAGCAAGGCUGCUUUCCUCCUCAUUAGACACGCCUCAACAGCUGCAAUCUGUGUUUGAGUCUCUAAUAGCUAAAAAGCAAGGACUUUGUGAGAUGCUACAAGCUUGGAAUAAUAGAUUGCAGGAUCUCUUCCAACAAGAGAAAGGGAGAAAACGUCCAUCGGUACCACCCAGCCCCGGAAGACUGAGGCAAGGUGAAGAAAGCAAGAUCAGUAGCAUGGAUGCUUCCCCACGCAAUGCUUCUCCAGCACUGCAAAAUGGAGAGAAAGAGGAUCGUUUCCUGACUACUUUAUCAAGUCAGAGCUCCACAGGCUCCAUCCAUCUUCAGCUUCCCACCCCUUCAGAAGUUGUAUCAGAACAUAUGACUGGUGCCAACACUCUGUCUGAACAGGAUACAACAAGCAGCUCAGAAGAUGUGUUCGACGGACACUCACUGGGAUCUACAGACAGCCAAGUGAAGGAGAAGUCUACUAUGAAAGCUAUUUUGGCUAACUUUUUGCCUGGAAACAACUAUAACCCCAUUCCAUUUCCCUUUGACCCAGACAAGCACUACCUAAUGUAUGAGCAUGAACGUGUACCUAUUGCAGUCUGUGAGAAAGAACCAAGCUCCAUCAUAGCUUUUGCUCUCAGUUGCAAGGAGUACAGAAAUGCCCUGGAUGAGUUGUCCAAAGCAUCUCUGAAGAACAGUUCUGAAGAAGGACUACAGCCGAACAGCAUGGCAGACAGCAAACCAAAGAGCAGUAGCCCUGUCCGCCUGCCCGAGGCUAACAUGGGUCCUUCAAAUCGCAAUGCAGAACCAGAACAGUCAAAGAAACCAUCUGGUGUUUUGUCUUUCUUCCGUGGCACGGGAGGGAAGAGCCCGGAUCUGUCUUCCCAGAAGAAGGAGACCUUACGUGGUGCUGACAGUGCCUACUACCAGGUUGGACAGAUGGGCAAAGAGGGAGCAGAAAACCAAGGUGCAGAGCCUCAAGAUGACGUAGAUGGAGGAGAUGGACAGAAGAAACAGCUGGUGAAUCCCCAUGUGGAACUCCAGUUUUCAGAUGCAAAUGCCAAGUUCUACUGCCGGAUUUAUUAUGCUGGAGAGUUUCACAAGAUGCGGGAAGUGAUACUGGGGAGCAGUGAAGAGGACUUCAUCCGAUCACUCUCUCACUCUAUGCCCUGGCAGGCACGAGGUGGCAAAUCUGGGGCUGCGUUCUAUGUGACUGAGGAUGAUAGAUUCAUUUUGAAGCAGAUGCCUCGUCUGGAAGUCCAGUCGUUCCUUGACUUUGCUCCACACUACUUCACUUACAUCAUUAAUGCAGUUCAGCAGAAGAAGCCCACAGCACUUGCCAAAAUCCUUGGGGUAUAUAGAAUUGGAUAUAAGAACUCUCAAAACAACACUGAAAAGAAGCUGGAUCUGCUUGUCAUGGAAAACCUUUUCUAUGGCAGGAAAAUGGCUCAGGUUUUUGACCUGAAGGGCUCCCUCCGGAAUAGAAAUGUUAAAACAGACACAGGCAAGGAAAGCUGUGAUGUGGUCCUGCUGGAUGAGAACCUUCUGAAGAUGGUCCGGGACAAUCCUUUGUACAUCCGUUCCCAUUGCAAGGCUGUGCUGAGAGCUUCCAUACACAGUGAUUCCCAGUUCCUCUCCAGCCACCUCAUCAUUGACUACUCCCUGCUGGUGGGUCGUGAUGAUACCAACAAUGAGCUGGUGGUUGGCAUCAUUGACUAUAUUCGCACUUUUACCUGGGACAAAAAGCUUGAAAUGGUGGUAAAGUCAACUGGCAUCUUGGGAGGACAAGGUAAGAUGCCAACUGUGGUCUCUCCAGAACUGUACCGGACCAGGUUUUGUGAAGCUAUGGACAAGUAUUUCCUGAUGGUACCAGACCAUUGGACAGGACUGGGCCUGAACUGCUGAAGCUAAAGCCCAUAUUGGGAAAGCACAAGAGGACAGUGACAUUAUAUGCCACUAUUCCUGCGGUCUGUCCACCAGUAAGCAAGAGGAUUGCAGUUCCAUGUCUAUGCUGACCAUGUGCGUCAUGUUGUGAAGUGUGAAAUCUGUGUGUUGCACUUUAAUCCUCUCUUGGAGGCUGAUAAGUGACCUGGCCUCACUAAGGAUCUGAGCUGUAAGGUGCCACUGAACAGCAUUGAUGAGACAUUCUCUCUGUCAGUGGGGGAGGUGAUGCUGUCUCCAUGUAAGAGCACUGAAACAGGUACUAUCUAGUUCAUGAUGGUGUAGAAGUACAUGAUCUCUGUAAGUCUUGCACUGCCUAAGUGGUGUUGAAUAUGAGCAGCUUGUGUUUCUGUAGUGGAUGCGUGGUAGUGCAAAUGUGAAAUAAACCACCCUCUGUGGGUGGGUGGGUGAGAGAAGAAUGAAGUUAAUUCCUGAGUUCUGCUAUUGUUGCGGUUGUCUGUAGUUGACCUGUUUAGGAUCCAUGAAUAACUUGUCCUGCUUAUGC